AUGCCGCACAGCAGUGAAAACAGUGACAGCUGCAAUCGUAGUCAGUAUCCAGGCAGAGAUAAGUUGGAGAGAAACCACAGCAGCCAAUGUAAAGAAGAGGGUUAUGGAGAUGUAAGAAGAAGUGAUCAUCACAGAACAGUCCAAGAGGAGAACUACUUGGUGGUUGAUGUUCGUCAAGAGAGAAGCCGACAGUGGAAUUCAGAUCAGUAUUCUGAUUCUGAUGAAGAACUGCUUCAUGAAAGUUUAAGGCGGUUGAAACUUGGUCAGAAGGGAAAAAUCCCAUCAUUGAUGGAUUUAGAAUUCCCACCAUCUAUCUCGGCAAGAAACUUGGAAAAGGGUCCUGCAGAUGUCCAGCCAAACUACAGCAGUACUUCCCAUGGAGAUAAGCAUGGACGUUUUACUGAUGCAGAAUUUGAUGAUAGGUCUAGGUCAGAGUACAGGAGUCAAAGUGAGAGUGGUGCAGAGGUGCAAGCAGGUUUCCGGGUGCAUGACAGAGACACUAGGCACUUGGAGAGCCACACACGUAAAAGUGGUGGGGACCGCAGGUUGCUACCUUCCGAGUAUGAUAUUGAACACCGUUGUCCUGAUUAUGUAGAUUAUGAUGGCCACAGGGAUAACAUACGUUGCGGAAACUAUGAGGCGGACUAUAGACACUAUGAGCAAGAUGAUUCUGUUAGCAGCCGAAGGAACAAGCAUGGCUACAUUGAUCAAGAUGCUCCUAGAGGCAACACUGGCAGGCUUGUGGACAGCCGGUCACCAGAUUUUCACAGGCACAGUGACAGUGAUCAAGACUCUGACCAAGAUGGCACCAGAAGAUCAUGGAGGGAAGAAAAACGAAGUCGGCAUUCUAAAAGGAAGAAUGAGAAGUCUGUAGAUGAUGAAGCAAAGGUGAAGGCUACAAAAAAUGUUCUUAAGAAGGACAUAAGACAUUCGGACAGGAUGAGCUCCUUGAAGAAAAGUGAAAAAAGUCAAUCAGGGAAACCAUCUUCUGAUUGUGUGGAGGAUGCUGACAGCAACAGUCAGGCCUGA